CGGCUUCACAGUGAAAAUGGUGGCCGCGGCGUGCGGGCGAAAGUUGGCGCGGCGCUCGAAAUCCGCCGUGAUCGUGGCACUCAGCGUGCUGUUCGUGCAGACUCUGCUGGUGUGGAAUUUUAGCAGCCUAGACGGCGAAGAGAAAGGCGGCGAGGACAAGAGGCAAAGAGCCCGGCACGUCCGAGAAGCACCCAGGAAAGGGUUCCCCUUCCCUGGCCAGGGACUGGAUGUGUUUCUUUCUCACAAGCCGAAGGAGAAAAAUCGGAUUGACAGCAACAAUGAAAAUUCUGUCCCAAAAGACUUUGAAAAUAUUGAUAACAGUAAUUUUGGAUCAAGAACACAAAGGCAAAAGCUGCAGUCAGAAGUGAAAAGUAAAGCUGCAGUUGUGCAGAAGGCCAAAUAUGAGCAGCUGGGCAAAGCCAAGGACCAUUCACUGCUGGCUAAGAACACCAAUGAAGUCCUACCCCAGGGAAACUAUAAGGCUAAAAAUGCCAGCAAUCCUCAACUAAACUACAAGACUGUGAGCCACUAUAAAGGGGGGGUGAUUGGAAAAAGCUCUCAAGAACUUCACUAUGAACGGGCUCCUAGAUGUGAGAUAACAGGCAAGGAAGCAUUGUCAGCCCUCUCUAGGGCUAAGAGCAAACAUUGCCGCCAAGAAAUUGCUGAGCUCUAUUGCCUUCAUAAAGAUGGAAAGUUAAUGCCGGAAAAGGUACCACGCUUGUGCCCAUUGGAGGGGAAAGCAGCCAAUACUAUUCAGCCAGAGGAUGACUCCUUGGACGCUUCGCCUCCAAACCCUGUCAGAAUUGCCUUUGUUUUGGUUGUACAUGGUAGAGCCUCACGUCAGCUGCAGCGCAUGUUCAAGGCGAUUUAUCACAAGGAUCACUACUACUACAUACAUGUGGACAAGCGGUCAAACUAUCUCCACCGGCAAGUAUUGCAGUUUGCAAACCAGUAUCCAAAUGUGCGGGUCACACCAUGGCGGAUGGCCACCAUCUGGGGAGGAGCAAGUUUGCUGACGAUGUACUUGCAGAGCAUGCGGGAUCUACUGGAGAUGAAGGACUGGUCCUGGGACUUCUUCAUCAACUUGAGUGCUGCUGACUACCCCAUCAGAACUAAUGAUCAACUGGUGGCUUUCUUAUCAAGAUACAGGAACAUGAACUUUCUGAAGUCUCAUGGAAGGGAUAAUGCAAGGUUCAUAAGAAAACAGGGAUUGGACAGGAUUUUCUUCGAAUGUGACACACACAUGUGGCGCCUAGGAGACAGGAAAAUCCCGGAAGGCAUCACUGUAGAUGGUGGCUCAGACUGGUUCCUCCUCAACAGAAAAUUUGUGGAAUAUGUGAACUAUUCAGAAGACGAACUGGUUACGCAUAUGAAGCGGUUUUAUGCCUACACCCUGCUACCAGCCGAGUCCUUCUUCCAUACGGUCCUGGAGAACAGUCAUCUCUGCGGUACAAUGGUGGAUAACAAUCUGCGCAUCACCAACUGGAAUCGGAAGCUGGGCUGUAAGUGCCAAUACAAGCACAUCGUGGACUGGUGUGGCUGCUCACCCAAUGACUUCAAGCCCCAAGAUUUCCACCGCUUCCAGCAAACCGCGAGGCCAACCUUCUUUGCGCGGAAGUUUGAGGCCGCGGUUAACCAGGAGAUCAUUGGCCAGCUGGACUUCUACCUCUUUGGCAACUACCCAGCUGGCACAACAGCUCUGAAAGCAUACUGGGAAAACACAUACGAUGAGCCAGAUGGCAUCCACAGCAUCAGCGACACGUACCUGACCAUGCUUCACUCCUUCAGCCGCCUCGGCCUGAGGAGAGCAGAAUCUUCCUGGCAUUCGAAUGAGGAAAAUAAGUGCAGAUAUUAUGGCAUGGGUCACCCUGUGUCUGUUCACCUCUACUUCUAUGCUGACCGGUUCCAAGGCUACUUGCUGAAGCACCACGCAACAAACCUGGCUACCAGUAAACUGGAAACACUGGAGACUUGGGUGAUGCCGAGGAAAAUGUUUAAAUUCUCUAAUCCCACGAAUGAGUUUGCACGGCUACAGUUUGCUGAGGUUGGCACAGAGUGGGAUGCUAAGGAAAGAAUUUUCCGGAACUACGGAGGGCUCAUUGGACCCAUGGACGAGCCUAUUGGCAUGCAAAAGUGGGGCAAAGGUCCCAAUGCUACAGUCACUGUUGUCUGGAUCGAUCCAAUUAAUGUUAUUGCAGCAACCUACGACAUUCAGGUUGAUUCAGGUGCUGAGUUCACUCAUUACAAACCUCCAUUGAACUUGCCUCUGCGGCCAGGCUUGUGGACGGUUAAAAUUCUGCACCACUGGGCGCCCAUUGCUGAAACCAAGUUUCUGGUUGCACCUCUGACGUUCUCGAACAGGCAGCCAAUCAGAAAAGAGGAAGCACUUAAGCUACACAGUGGGCCACCUAAGAAUGCGUACAUGGAACAGAGCUUCCAGAGCUUGAAUAAUGCUCUGAAUAUACACAUUACCCCUGGCCAAGUGGAACAGGCGAAGCGUAAUGCAGCUCUCACAGGCUCACAGCUGGAGAACUGGGUGGAUCCCAUGGUGAACAGCUUGUGGUCAGCUGUGGACAUUUGUACCAUUGGUCCCACCUCUUGCCCGGUGAUGCAGACCUGCAGUCAAACAACCUGGAGCUCCCAGAGUCCGGACCCCAAAUCGGAACUGGGGCCCGUCAAAGCCAACGGCCGUCUGAGGUAGCACCUAGUGCACGCCCAAGUCAUCGUAAAAACACGAAUUGCCUGAUAGUGGGAUCAAUUUCUGCAGUUGGGUCUCUCCCUUAGUUCUUAGCAACAGUUCCAGGAUGUCUUCGUAAAGUUGUGGCAAAGCUAGAGCAGUGCAUUUAAAGCUGAAGACAGCGAUGUUCACAGAAGAAGUCCGUGUUAGCUGCGCUGGCACUAUGAAAGAAGUGAUUGUAUUAUCAUGUACGAAAGAAAUAGAAGGAAAUUUUCGCACUCUAUUUAUUUAAACAUUUUAGUCAGUGACUAAUGAGUAGAUGCUGCUUUUGCAGCUUGAUAUCUAUAUCCUACUAAUAAUCUGCCUUUAUUGACAAAGGCCUGUGCCCUGACUUCCUACGUUCUUUAUCUGUACCUGACCUAAAAGCCGUAGAGGUCUUAACGCUUCAGUCAACAGGACUAUUUGUAAUUGUUGCACCUACUGUAAGAGUGAGAGCUAACUGGGUUAUAAUGCUCUCUGCUGAAACAGGGCUUUCAGCACUGACUAUUCUAACUGUGUUACAGAUGAUCUGAGUAUUAUACUGCAGCCAGGACUAGGAACUGGAUUCAGAAAACAAUAUAGUUUAAAACUUAUUUAUUAGCAAUCCCAAAAUAAUUCAUUUGAUUCACUGAUGCUGAGGAUUUUUAGGGAUCAUCACUACUUUUCAUGCCAGCAAUAUGCCAACGCUUCUUAAAAUUAUUUACAUCAUAUAUUCCUUACACAGUUAUAGUUUUUUUUAAGUUUACUGUAACAAGUUUUGCAAAAAAAAUGACAUUGCACUUUCAGUGAAAAAGCUAAUUGAACACAGCACCAUAAAUGUGUUUCUUUUCCCCUAAUUCAGAAGCCUUAGGGGAGAGGUGCAGAAAUUUGCCCUGUGCUGCAGAGGCUGUGGGCUGUGCAUGGUACCCCACUUCCUUUCAGAGGAGCGCAUCCACAACUAGAGUACAAGGUCAGCAGUAGCUAUCGAGACAGAAUUAACCUAGAACUGAACUUCAUUUUCAGUAGAUGAAUACUUAGCUGAACUGUUGUCUUUAUAUUGUUAUUAGUGCUUCUCUUAAAAUUAUGCUUUUUAUCUCAUCCAAACAAAGUUUGCAAAAUUAAGGUUCUUUGAAAUCGUGGGCUGGAAUUUCUAAUUAUUCUGAAAAUCCCUGGUCUUUUGAACAUUUAGUCCCAUAAACAAAUAUUUGAAUUCAGCAAACUACAUUACUGUUGGUGUGACUAUUCUAGCAAUAGGCCGUCUGUCACCACGUUUUUCUUUCUUCAUUUCAGUGGAAACAUAUCAAACAAACCCCAUUCCCAUUUUAACUUGACCUAUUGUCAAAUUUUUCUGUUAAUAACAUAUGAGUAAAACAAUUAACCUUAAACAUUAAAUAGAGAGUCAGGGUUUUCUGUAAGCUUCACCUCUCCCAACCCAAUUUCUUGCUUUAAUUUCUCAGCAUUCUCCACUCAAAAUUUGUUAGAUACACAAUACAGAAAGCAACAUAUAAAGAACUGUGACUUAACCAUGGAGAUUUAGCUCCUAAAGACAGUAGCAGUUGUUAAAGCCUGAGGAUAGUAAAGGGUUUAAACCUGUUUUGAAUCUCACCUUAUUAACAGCAGCUUUACAACAAAGUUACCAUGAAGAAUUGAAAACUGUUGCAACAGCACAGCAGGUCAAGAGAAGAAAGCAAGAGGUUCUUAAUUGGUAUUUAGCACAGUCCUCUUGAAGGGUACCAAUUGAAACCUCUUAAUACUUUGCUUCCUAGUUCAAGUACAUUUCAGACAUUUUAGAGGAGAAAUUCACCUUUUGUUAUCAGCACUAAGCACGUGUCUGAGUACCGGCUGCUGGUUGUGCUCCCUCUCACACAUUAUGGUCCAUUAAAGUCAAUGAAAACAGUUGUGCAGAGGUGAGUGACUGUAUGUUUGGAUGGGUUCAACACCAGCAAUCAAAGCCAAACCGCUCACCCAUUUAUUCCAGGUUUCCAAGCUUGGCAGUGUAGUCAUUAGAUUCCUGAAGUUAAUGGUUCAUUUAUGGAUUGAGGAAGGGUCUUUAUGCACUAUUCCAGAGCAGCACCUGAUGUAUUAGUAAUCAGACUGAACUGGUAAUCUCAGCCAUGAAUAUGUUCAAGAAUCUGAAUCUGAACAGGACUUGCUAUAUGUUUAGAUAAUAGGGUGGUUUUAAUGCUGGUGGAGAGGGUAGAAGCCAAUGAUAAGGAGUGAAUUCCUCGCUGAUCCCACUUCAACCUCAUUUUAUUCACAUUUUUGGGAUUUCUGGAAUCUGAAAUUCUGAGGUAGCAGAUUUUAAAGAAAACUAGCCUCCUCUCAUUUUCUUGUAAUAAUCAAUGUAUCUUCGCCCUGUUGGUAAAUGAUAACUGACUUUGCUUGAGAGGGAUUGAGUUCAUACAGUGCUAUCUAUUUGCAUCUACAAUGGUAACUCAAGCUGACAAGGGAAGAAGAAAAUCCACAUGUAAAUGUUAGACAUGGGGGCACGAAUAAUUAAUAAUUUGAUGGUAGUGAGGCUGAAAAUGUAACCAAUCUAUAAGGACAGGCAAGUGAUUUUUUUUAUGUGCUGCCCCUGCCUCUCAGCCACUAGGAGUGAAAGUACUUUUAAAAAAAUGAAAUUUCUCAGACUGUAAAGGGUUGAAUAGUGGCUGACUUCAUGUGUUCUGCAAAAUUCAUUAUGAAUGCAAACUAACUGACUGUAUUCCCCAAGGCUCUGUCUUCCAAGAUUCAGCCUUUGAAAUGUACACAGCAGGUACUCUUUUCCAAUUUGUUCAAUUUAUCCAAAUGUUAAAAGCAUAAAGUUGACGAGUAAAUUUCACAACUGAGUGAACAAAGUCUUCUUAGGGGGAGGCAGGGGAGGGAAUUCAUGAAAUUGUUCCCCAGCUGUCCAUUAUCAAGCCUGUGUGCUGUUGAUGCCCAUGUAUUAAUUAUCAUAAAACUUUUAGCUCAAUGCCUUCUCCCUUCUAUAAUGAGGGGCGCUGUCAUGGGUGCUACCUCACUUGCAUAUGGGAGUUAUUUUACCUGAUACUAUAGAUACCGGAAAUAUCUUCUGAGCCUGUUUCACCUGAGCUGAAUGUAUGAUCUAUGCAAACUGUUCCCUGUCGUGAGAACUCAUCAAAAUUGAAGAUAAUCUUGCCAAAUAAACUGCAAGAUGCUGUAUAGAUGUCUCUGAUAACAGAGCAAAUAUUCAGGUGCUGUUCACUGCACCAUAUUUGUAAAUUGUCACAUAUUUUGUUCAAUGAGCUUUGUUAGUCACGGUUAGGUCAAUUCCUGUCCAAAGACCGUAUUAAGGGGUCUUUGAGUUAUUAAAGGUACACUUAUUAAAUGUCAACCAAUGUGUGGAUGUCAGAUGGUCAGUGCUGGCUCUCCUAAUAAAUUAGCAAUCACACCCUCAUUUUAAAAGAAAGAAGAUGACCAAGUGGUGUUUAAAAAAUAACAGCUAUUUUAUUAAAGAUCCAAAUAUGCAUUAAAAAAUCUGUAAAGAAUUAUUUUAUAAACUGAACCUGUAUAUACAAUGAAAGAAGGACAAAUUCCAAUAUGCAGCACAUUGAAAGAUGUAAAUAUUUUGUUAUUUAUUUAAAGUAAUAAAAUAUUUUAUGAGUUUAAAAAUAUCUUUAAUUUGACCUUUUGAUCAAAGUUCUGAAAACCAGUACAAUUUCCUGUAUGUAGAAUUAUAUUCAGCAAAUAAUUGCACUAGCUGUUUUGCACCCACUUGCCCUUCUAUUAGCAGAGAGAAAAAGAAACACAGAAAUUGUGCCUUAGCUGCCUUCUGGUGUGAAGAAGUCUGCUUUUGUUUGACAAAGCAAGAUUUUGCAGAUUGUCAACAGUUGUAUUAAAUGCUGUAUCAUACCAAAAAAAACU